GUACGUUCGCGAAUUUUGCUCCGUGCUGGUGCUUCGUCCAACGACGGGGUUUGUAGAUCGAAUUGAACUUUCAUACCUUACACAACUCGGACAUUUUCGCGGGUUUUCAGAGGCCAAGCCUUUUAAUUUUUUGAAAAAGAACCUGUAAAAAGAAAGGCUUUUGGGACUCACCGGGGGGUGUGUGCUUUCCCAGUAGUGCGUGGACUGAAAGGAAGAAGCGAAAAAGCUCAGGCCAUCCUGUUGGGCCAAAAGAAAAUCGGUGAAAAGUGCGGACAUUUGGUUAAGAAUGUGACCCCGAAAGAGUGACUUGGUCGGACCAUUUUGCCAACUGAGAGCACCAUCUUCGCUUAAAAAAAUGAAUUUCAUGUGAAAUAAAAAGCUCUGCGAACUUGCAAAGCAUACAUAAUAUUCCUUCUUAUUCGUAUAACUACAAAAAAAAAGAAAUAAUUGAUAGUUUUUAAAUGCAAAAAAAAACCGUGCUCAAUAGCUGUGAUUAAAAAUUUCUAAAGAAAAUAAGAGAAAAAAAAGAAAAGGUGAAAAGCGACGUUACACACCCUUAAAAUAAAAUCCCCCAUUGCAUCCAUUUGAGGGUAUUUUCGCAAAAGAGUGUGUGAAAAGUCUCUCUCGGCAUACUAUAUAUGUGGAAAACGGGCUGUGAACGAAAAGUCGAUUUGUGGAAGCAUUUGUCGUUCUUUUUUUUUCGGGGGGAGAUUCUGCAGGGAUUUUUUUCGGCCAGGGGGUGUAUGGCACGGGAAGGCGAAAAGGCGUUUUCGCUCUGUCUGCUGCUGACCCACCCAGCCAUCCCCCCAAUAGCACACCAUUUAAUUAUUAAGACUCCACCGAGAGAAAGAGAGAGGGAGACACAGAGAGCGCGCGCGAGAGAAUCAAGUUGAGCUUCCAAAAAGCCACCCCUGUAGGCGCACAAGAGUGAGGGGUAGUGAUGGGACAUUUUGAGACUUGAGAAGCAAAGAAAGCACUUUAAUUGCACACGAAUGUGUACCAAAAAAAUCGAAAAAAAAGUCCUCGCAAAUUAUUUGUGUGCUUUCCUUCCCCAAGCUCUGAAAAAGCUCACACAGAGAGAAUUUAUAUUUUUCUAUGUGUUGUGUAUACAUAUUUCUUGUAAAUUUUUCGGUGUAUAUAGCGGUGUGGUGGUAAAAAAAAAUAGUUGGGUGAAAAUCUGAAGCCGGGUGCGCAGGCGUUAAAUUUUCAAAACUUUACCCGAUAAUAGCGAGAGGAUCUCCCCCCAAAAUGAGCUUACACGGAGAAAUUGCACGGUGGUGUGUGUGUGCUCCCCCUAAGAAUUUUGUGCCUGUGUGCGUGGCAAAAUUUUGCUUUUCCGUGUCCCGCCCAACAUUUUUGCUAGUGCAAGGCGGAAAAUUGUCUGUUACGGCUGUCGUGUUGUUCCGUGGUUUUAGAAGAAGAAUUUUUAUUUUAAAUUCCACAUCACUACCUUUUUUAUUUAUUUAUAUUUUAAAAAUUCUCUCUCUCGUCGUAUUUUUCCACCAAAAUCCCUGAAUAAAAAAUGGGGUGAAAGACCACAAUUCCCGUCUAAAUUCAAUCCUAAAAAAUCAGCAGCAGUGUUAGAAAAAAUGGCCAUCUGGGUGGUAGAACGUCAAAAAGUGGAGCAUUGGAUGGAAAAUAUAUCGUGAAAAUUCUAUAUAAUUCCGUCAGUGAAAAGCUCUUCAUUCCUCAGCCCCUUUUUCACAACAUAACCCUUUAAAAAAUACAUUUCUGUGUGCAAGAAAAAUAAUAAACUUAUUGAGAUUAAGUCAAAAGGCAAAGACAAAAAAAAACAGAAAAUAUUUUUAAUUUUUACAGCCCACCCCGCCCCAUUGUGGAUUUGUGCAGAAAGUUCGGAAUUAAGUCACAAAAGGAAUAAAAGAGAAAAAUAAUCAAAAGAAAAACAAACGUAAAAGUAUUUAGUGUGGGGAGAUAGGAAUUUUUGUACAUAAUAUUCCUUAUAAUUUUGUUGUUGUAAAAACGCAAAAGAGAAAGAAAGAAAAGAGAAAAGUGAAGUACAUCUCAAAUGGAUGCCAGUGAGGGCCAUGUUGCAAUGCAAUUUGUGAGACUGUACCAUUGAGAAGAGAAGAUUUUGAGGCAAAAAAUGCGGAGAAAGGGCCAUUUGGUGCACCUCUGAGUCCGCCAGAGAGUGUUUUUUAUUAUGUGAUUUUCUUGCCAAAAAAAAACGAAGGAAAACGCCCUCGACAAGAGACUGUGGUGGUUGUGUGAUGAUCUGGAUUUGAACGGUGUGUGGGAGAGAGACCCCAAAAGCAAAAAAAAAAAAGAAAAUCGAAGAAAAAUGGAGUACCCGAUUGACCCGUGUGCAGAUCAAUAUAUGAUGCUGAACACUAAUUGGGAGAAGUGUGUUCGGUGAGAUGAGCUUCUCUAUGAAACAAUUGGGGUGACAAGAGUGCAUUCAGGGGGGGCACAAGUAUAUAUACCACCAAGGCGGGCACUUUGUCGUCAUCACUGUGAUUUCGAGGAGGUGGCGGCGGCAACUACAAAAAGCAAACUACAAAACUUGUAGCACCGUGUACACAGCAAAACGUCUUGUGCUAAUACAAAACGCGAGCGCGGGGGCUGUUGCGAAAUUUCAUCCCCCAAACACGGAGACAAAAGUGGGUAUCAGGAAGGAAGGCUGCUGAAGUGGAUAAAGCGACAUUCACACGGGAGGAGACAAGUGAUUCAACAUCAUGCACCUAUUGAAGGAUACACUUCUGUCGAAAGCCCAAUUCGGAGCACUAUGGGUGGUUCUCACCUUUGUCAUAUUUGUACCCCCAUCGAAAAAGUUGGCGCUUGUCGAUGCCGCCACUGGGGGUGGAAGUAUGCUAGGCGACGUCAACAUAUCGGCUAUUCUGGAUUCCUUCAGUGUUAGCUACGACAAAAGAGUAAGACCAAACUAUGGAGGUCCCCCCGUGGAAGUCGGCGUCACCAUGUAUGUCUUGAGUAUCAGUUCAGUUUCGGAAGUUCUCAUGGACUUUACACUGGAUUUCUACUUUCGCCAAUUUUGGACGGAUCCACGGUUGGCGUACAGAAAGCGACCCGGUGUUGAAACACUAUCCGUCGGCUCCGAAUUCAUCAAAAAUAUAUGGGUACCUGAUACAUUUUUUGUAAAUGAAAAACAGUCGUACUUCCAUAUCGCAACAACAAGCAAUGAAUUUAUAAGAAUUCAUCAUUCAGGUUCCAUAACUAGAAGUAUUCGUCUCACAAUCACAGCAUCCUGUCCAAUGAAUCUUCAGUAUUUCCCAAUGGAUCGACAGCUAUGUCACAUAGAGAUAGAGAGCUUCGGAUACACAAUGAGAGAUAUCCGAUAUAAGUGGAACGAAGGUCCCAAUUCGGUUGGUGUCUCGAGCGAAGUGUCUCUACCCCAAUUUAAGGUUUUAGGACACCGACAGAGGGCAAUGGAGAUCAGUCUUACCACAGGAAACUACUCACGACUCGCAUGCGAAAUCCAAUUCGUACGAUCGAUGGGAUACUAUCUAAUUCAGAUUUACAUCCCAUCGGGAUUAAUUGUGAUCAUAUCGUGGGUAUCGUUCUGGCUCAACAGGAAUGCAACGCCAGCCCGAGUUGCCCUCGGCGUAACCACUGUGUUGACAAUGACAACACUCAUGUCGUCUACAAAUGCAGCUCUGCCGAAAAUAUCCUACGUUAAAUCAAUUGAUGUUUAUUUAGGAACGUGUUUCGUCAUGGUUUUCGCUAGUUUAUUGGAAUAUGCCACGGUGGGCUACAUGGCGAAGCGAAUUCAAAUGCGUAAACAACGAUUUAUGGCAAUCCAGAAGAUUGCUGAACAAAAGAAGCUGCAAGUAGACGGCGGCCAGCCGCCACCGGGCGGCGGUGGCGGCGGUGGCGGUGGCGUUGGUGGUGAUCAUGGACAUGGCCAUGGCCAUGGGCAUAGCCAUGGGCACAUCCAUGCACCAAAGCAAACAGUGAGUAGCCGCCCAGCUGGUUUUUCAAGUGUGCAACCGAACGUUGGAUCGCGCGGUUGCUCGAUAGUGGGACCCUUGUUCCAGGAGGUGCGCUUCAAAGUCAACGAUCCCAAGGCUCACUCGAAGGGUGGCACCCUCGAGAAUACAAUCAAUGGUGGCCGCGGCGGCGGAGCUGGGCCAGGGGCCGGAGACCGCGGCGGGGGCGGUGGCGGCGGUAGCGGUAGUGGACCCGAUGAGGAGGCCGGCGGGCCAUCACCUCCUCAUCUCAUUCACCCGGGAAAGGAUAUAAAUAAGCUUCUAGGAAUUACACCGUCAGAUAUUGACAAAUACUCUCGAAUAGUCUUUCCCGUGUGUUUUGUGUGCUUCAAUCUUAUGUACUGGAUAAUUUAUCUGCAUGUCAGCGAUGUAGUGGCCGAUGACUUGGUGCUCCUGGGUGAAGAUAAAUAGAUAAGAUGUAGCAAAAGAACAUACCUCCACCCGCAUAAACUGAAGCUCUCAUCCUACACAAAUAGAAUUAUUAUUAAAAAAAAAUAAUGAAGAAAUCAAGCAAAAAAGUCACACACACUCACACACUUUUUUAUAACAAAAAAAUCCAUUAAUGUGUCAUCCCGAUGUGCUUUUCAGUUAAGACUUGUACCGAAUUCAAAAAAGAAAAAAAAAAACGAAGAUAAGAUAAUGUUGAGAAGAAACAUUUAUCAAGUGCUCCGCUCUAAACAUACAGUAGGGUUAAAGAAAAAAAAUUACUUUAUAAUUUUGUGAACGUGUAAAAGUCUUUUAAAAAAUGCGAAUUAAGAUAUAAAUGAAAAAUUUUACUUUGUGUGGUGUAUAAGAAUUUGCUUCCAACUAAGAUGCCAAAGAUAUUAAAAAAAUGAGAUUUUUUCUUAAAAAUACCAAAAAAAAAAUGGAACUUAAUGAGAACAAACCAAUGGAUUUGUGUUCAUUGAAAGAGUUAUGCUCUUUGCGUGUAAAAUUCUUAGCAUUUAUUGUUCUAUUUAAAUUAAUUUUAAGUGAGCAACAAUUUAAAAAAAAAAAAUUAAUGAAACCCGCACCAACUCGAGAAUUCCGCAGCAUUUUUCUUAAGGUAUUUAGUCAUGUAGGAGAUUCUCUCUCAAAUAUCUAUAUCCUCUUAUAUAUAGCACAGGAUAUAUAGCACAUUUCAUCGCAUCGGGAUGUGAAAGAUAUAUAAUAUCUUGCCAAUAUCCUUGCGGAAGGAUACUCUUUUUUUGUUGUUCCUAGAGCACAUUUUUAACGUUUAAAUAUCCAAUUAAGAAAAUAAAUAGCAAAAAAAAUGCAUUGAGAGUGGUCCAACAUUAAAGAAUUUAAUGAUUUUUUAAAAUGCAAAUUUCAUCGGAGCAUAACUCGUGUGCCCUUGCUAUAGAUCAUCAUCUCUUUUCUCUAGACGCACACCUUGCCUAGCCUACAAAAGUCAUGUUUUCUUAACAAAAUUUAUUCAACUAUUUCCACUUAAUUUAGAAUUUUCACUUUGAAAGAUUCUGAGCUAUAAAUUACUUUUCUGAAAUGCUCCAUACUUCUUCCUCUUCUAUCUAUGUUCUUUCUAUUAUAGCAAAUUUCCUUUCCUCAAACCACAUUUAAAAAUUUUUUGAAUAGAACAAAUAUUUUACUGUUAAACUUUGUGUAUGAAAAACACUUUUCCACUUUAAAAACUUUCAAUUUUCUUUCACCAAAAUUAUUCUUAUUUUUUAUUAAGCAAAAAUAAACCUUCUUCUUAUUUUUUUUUUAUGGUGUGUGCGUGUGUGUCUAGGAUUUCGCGCCAAAGUAAAAAUUUCAAAAAUAAUGAAAUUUUGCAAAGUAUUUUUUUUCUAUUCAAUCACACCACAAUAUCCUCCCAUUUUUUUCUUUUAAAAUAGAGAGAAAAAAAUCAAUAAAAAAUCGCGAAGAGUUUUGGGGAUGAUAGUAAUGGUCCAUGAUGAAAAAAAAAUCGAUUGCAGGGAUAAAUCUCGCGAAUGAGAAUGAAGCAAAUGGGUGGAUUUUUCAUCGAGUUGCACACUUUGUGAUUGAAUAUCCAGUAAACGCUUUACCCGACGAUGAAGAAAUUGAUGAUAACAUUUAAGCAAAGCUAAAAUAAAUAAAAAAUCAUAACAAGGAAUCAAAAAUUUUAAUCAGAAUAAACAAAACUAACACAGAGAGAAACUAAAAAAGAAUAUGUGGGCGAUUAGGUAUGGCAUAUAGAUGGAGGGACAUAAAAUACACGGUGAUAAAAAAAAGUAUGUGAGGCAGCGCUUUAUGGAUAUAGAUACUCGAAUACAGUCAGAUUUUCACAGCCAACAUAGCUAUGAAUUACUGGUAGAUGGAACGUCCAAGAGAAAAAUAUUCCACAUUGACACCUCAUCCAUUUAAGUAAAAAAAAAAAUACACGUGUUUCGUUAGAGACAGUUCGUAACACAGAAAGAUAUAUAAUUCAAAAAAUCCCAACCACCAUCAAUCAAAAUAUGAAUAUCAUUGACAUUUUUGCGAAAUUCUUCUUUAACAUUCCUCUUCUGGCACACGCGCCUUCGGACUGCAGAACCUCCAUUCUGGGUUUGCUCAAUUUAACACAAUCAUUCUUACUAAUGGACUUUUUUUCUUUGGCAAUAUUAUAUUUUAGAAUCAUUCUCUAUAUGUGAGAUACAUACUUCCAAACUAAAAGCCAAUUUCGAUGGUGUUUAAAGGAAGAAAAAAUGUCUUUUCUUGAGAAAAAGAAACCUGUGAGGCAGCAUAAAAAUGCGUUUAAUAAAAAUUUCCAAAAAUAGAGAGAAAAAAAUGAUUGAAAAUUGGAAAUUGGUUUCAUGAAAACUUUACGUGAUGGUAUGAAAAUUAGUAGAAUGUGGUAAAAGAUAUUGAGAAAAAAAAUCCAAUUAAUUUUUCUUAUAGGUAAUGUCGUCUAAUAUGAGGUCGUUCAUUGUUUUCUUAGUUUACUCUAAAAUGGAAAAUAGCCAGAAAAAUUAAUAGAAAUUCAUUUUCAAAUAGUUUUUUCCCCUAAAAGUAGUUCAGUUUAAAAGUGGAACGUCUAGUUUGAAAAAAAAAUAGUUUCUAUAUAUUAGUGGACCUGACGAAGGGGGCAUACGUCUCCGAGAUGUUAUGCUAAUGAAAAGACAUGAAUUUCUGAAGGUUAAUCCAGGAUCAAUCUCCUGUUCUACUCCCCCAAAAUGACAUAAGAGGAUUGUUUCAUAAUGAACUUCAGACUUCAAUUUUCAUUCAUUUCCAUUCUGUGGAAAAAUGGAUUUUUUCUCAAUAUACACAUAAAAAAACGAAAAUAAGGUUUUGCAUCUAAAAAAAAAGAACUUUUCUUUUAUAUAUAAAGCUAAAUUAGCUCAAUAUUCUUGUCAAUUAUUCUAUUUCAAAAAAAAUUAUUUCAAUGCAAAAUUGUUCUCUUGCAAAAUUUGGCUAUAAAACUAAAUUGUUUUCUUAAUAAAAAAACAUUUUUUUCUUAUUAUAUGUAUAAUGUAAAUCUAUAUAUUUGGGGUGAGCGCAAAAUAAAUCGAGGGUAUAAAAAAUAGGAAAAAAAAUUAGGCUAAAAUUUUAAAAGUCAGGGUAUAGAAAGAGUUGAAAAUGAUUUUUCAAAAUCACCCGAAGAUUCAUCCAUACUAUUUUCAUCACUAAAACACACAAAUCAAGAUUGAGCACUUGAAUUUUUUUCACACAAUAAAUGUCUUAAUUAAAAAAGAAAAAAAAAGAUGAUUAAAAGGAAAUCUAGCGAAUUCACCUCAUAUUAAGAUCAAAACAAAAACAACACUGGUUUUAGGGUAUAUAUGACCAUCCGGUUAAAAGGAGAAAAAAGAAAAAAAAAUCGAAGAAAAAUAAAUCCAAAAGAGUGAUUAAAUGCCAGAGUUAGUGCUAUCUAUAUAAAUAGUAGAAAACACAUUAAUUAAAAAGAAAAAAAAAGAGAAAACAAUUGAUAAAUAAAUUAAAUGCACCCUAAAACACACAUUACACACAGUUUAUGUAAAGUUACAUUGCAAGAAAAACAUGUAUAUUACAUAUAUAGCGAUUUAUUAUUAUUAGUAAAUUUACAACACACGAAAUCACACGAAAGUGACAAAAAAAAGUACUAUUAAAGAACCAUAAAAUGCUAAAAAACACUAAAUAUUAUAUAUAAAAAAGGUAAAAAGGAAGACACCUAAUAUGUAAUCGUAUAUAUACAUUUAUGUAAAAAAAAAAACAGAAAAUAAACGGAAUUCCAUGUAGUUAAAGAAGAAAAUUUUCAAAAACACGUAGCAUAUUGUAUUCACGUUAAUUUUUCAACAAAAAAGAAAACAACAAAAAACAUAUAAAAUAUGUAAUAUUUUUUUCCAAAAAAAAUUUCAAUAUAUCUCAGUUUCAAUAACAAAAAAUCAUUCUUAAAAAAACUGCACACAUUCAUCGUAGAAUUAUAUAUAAAAAUUUAAAAAGAAAAUCACGCGACAACAAAACCCGAAUCCUAACUAGAAAAUCCAAAAAAAAAUCAUAAAACUCAUCAAAAUGUAUAAAUUUUAUAUAGAUAUUAAAAAAAAAGAAAAAACAGUAAAAUGAAGAUGAGGAAAUACAUUUUAUCAAGUCCUUUGAAUCAAUGUGCAAGUUAGGGAAAAAUUAUUAAUUACUAAAAAAAAUGAUGAGGAAAAUAUGACAGAAAAAGAUAUAUUUAAAAGUUUAAGCAAUAUCUUUUCAUACAUAAAAAAGUGAAGAAUAAGUAAUUAUUGAAAUAUGAAUAAUUAAAAGUAAUAUAAAAAAGUAUUUAAUGAUUACUAUUAAAAGUAAAAAAAAAAUAAUUAAGAAGGAAAGAAAAAAUUAAUAAGGCACGUUGAUUCUGAAGCCACUUUAUAUUAAAAAAAAAAAAGAAAGUAUUGGAUAUAAGCAUUUUGAGGGAUCUCUAACUCGGUACCUAACUUUAAGAAGAAAACAUCACGUUCGGAGACAGAAACACCGCGAGCCGAAAGGAAGCGUUAUUGCCUGCCUAUAACCAAAAACGGAUAUCCGAAUUUCUCCGUGUAAAUGGGCGAUAAAAUCAACUCAACUCAGCAUUUAAUGAAGCGAUUCAGCACCCCCUGCAACAGAAAACCAGCUGCGUGGCCGCCGGAUGUUGGGACCUGAGCUAGAGAUCGUUCGUUUAUGUCUGCUACAAACGAAAUUCUAAAUUUAAAUAUAAUAUUAACAUAAAUAUAUAUACAUAGAUAUUACACACAUGGAAAUACACUUACAAUAUUGAUUUACUAAUUUAUAUAUAACAAAUACGGAUGAGGAGGAGGAGGAGGAAAAGAUGAGAGACAAUUACUGAGAAAAAAAAAACUAAUCUUGAAUUAAAUGAAAAUUGUGUUAUCGACGAAAUGAAAAACCUUAACCACUUCCCUCCUUUAAAAAAAAACACUUCAAAGCUAGAGCGAGUAACUUGAACUGAUAGCGAAUUGUGACGCCGAAUGGAAUUUAAGAGGAUUCUCACAGCUUAUUUCAAAUCCAUUUGCUAUAUUUUUUCUCUUGGUAGCUUUUUUGCGUGAUUUUCGGUUAAAGAAAUCGCUGAUUAACGUUGCUGAAUAUCAUGUAAGAAAAUUCACAAAAGAAAAUUGAGUAGGUACAUUGGAUUCAGGUCAUGCCUGGGAAUUCCUCAAAUCUCCAUAAAUUUCAAGCAAAAUAAUUCUUUUUUAUUCAUUAAAAAAAAUUCUUUUACAAAGAAAAUCCAAAACGAAACAUCAUCAAAUUCACACCCAUAAACCGAAUCAUCUUCGAAUGAUGACAAAAAAUCGGUAUGGAGGUUAAAUGGCAAAACCAACAUAAUUAGAAUUGAUAAAAUGAAAAAGAAAACCAAAGAGACGAAAACAACAAAAUACCUAAACGUGUUCUUUUAGUUGUUUUUGUAUAAAACUUUUUAAUAUAAAAGAUAAAAAUCACGAAGAAAUCACUCAAAAGGACAGUUAAAGAAUUUGUAAAUAUUAGUAAAAACAAAAAAAAAGAAAUUCUCAAUAUAAACUCUAUACUAAUUUCACCCCUCCAUUGAAGAAAAAAAAGUGAGAAAAAAUUGUACGAAGGCAAAAAUGUCUUUUGCUUUGAUUUUUUCGUUUGAACUGUUCGAGAAAGUCAAUUUUAAUGUACUUUUAAUAAUAAAGGAUAAAAAAAAUAAUAAUAUAAAAAUAAAAAUGAAAUAAUGAAUUAUAGAAAUAAUUAAAAAAAAAAACAAAGAAAAAAAGUAAAAUCUCUUGAUAAUUUGCACAAUUUUCUAUAUAAUAAAUGACAAAAUGAAAAAAAUUAGGCACAUUUAUUGUUUCUGUUUUGGGUUUUUUUUAUUCAUUCAUAUAAAAUAGUAAAACGACUUUAAAAGGAAAGAAUGAAGAUGAAGAAAAAACCUAACAAUGUAUUAAAUACACACGUAAUACCCGCAAUUUGAGGGAAAAAAAUGAGAAAUAAUAAGUUACUAUUCUAAAAUAGAUAUUAUUGCAUAAAUAAAUAAAUGAAAAACAAGGAGAAAGUGAAAAAGUGAGUUUAAAAAAAAAACGGGAUAAAAAGAAAAAGGUGUCAUUUCCUACAAAGAAAAUCCAACACUUGCGACCGAUAAAUGACCGAUAAAUAACCUUUAGAAGGUACCUAUAUUUUCCAAUUAUUUUCAUUUCUCUUCGUAAUAUGUGAGGUAUUUUCGAUUGUUUUACAUGAUAUAGAAUAAUAAAAGAAAAUGAGAAAAAAAUAAAAUGAAAUUUUUAUAUACAAAAAAUACACACAUCAGAUAAAUGCAUUAAUUUGAUGAGAUAUGAAAUGGAAAAAAAAUUAAGGAAAAAAAUGAAAACAUAUUGGUAAAAUUUAUAAUUAUCCAUAUUUAAUAUUAAUUAGAUUUGUUAACGUAAUAUAUUUUUUGUAUUGAAAAGUAUAACAAAAAAAAAUAUUAUUGGUUUUAGUAAAAGAAAAAAAAGGUGAAGAUCAUGAAAUACACUGAUAAAAAAUUAUUAAAAGAAAACUAAAUAGUAACAUGAACCGUUGGAAUGGUGGAAAAAAACCUAGCUACUCUAGAAUAAACAACACAUAUUAAAAAAAGAUGAAUAUAUUCUAAAGAUAUAAAAAAAAUAGAAAGCAUUUAUGGUUACCAAGAAACAAAUACGAUAGUUAUAUUUUCAAAGAAAGAAAAUAAGAUGAUAAUACUAAAACAAAAUAUACAAAAUAAUAAUUUUUAUUUAAAUUGCACACAACAAAUUUCUAUAACUCGUGUACUCGAAAAUAGAAGAAAUAAAAUAAUUAAAAGAUUUUAUUUUCAUUCACAUUUUUCUUUAACCUUUGUCCAUCCUAAUUUAAGUGAAAGAUUCCUUUCUUUCUUUAAAAAACAAUUAAAUACACCAAAGAAAAUACUAUAUAUAAUGGAAAGAAAAAAAAAACUUCCCCCAGUCCGUUGAAACAUGUGAAAGAAUAAAAAAAAAAGUGAUGACCACUAGAAUUUUUUUCUCCUUAUUUUAUUUGUUAAUUAAAUUCUCUAUUUAACGUUGCAAAACACAAAGUAAAAAAAAGGAUAAAAAAAAUGAAGAAAAACUUAUAACGUAAAACUAUAUUGAAGAAAAGUCGUAAAGCGAAAUAAAAAGAUGAGAAAAAAACAAUUAUUUCAUAUUUAAAACUCUAUUUAAACAAUGACACAUUAUUGUACUUAUCUGAUUAUAAAUUAUGAUUAUUGUUACUGUUGAAAAAAAAAUGAAGAAGAAAAAUAACAAUUUAUGUUUAUGAAAAAGGAAAAACUAUGAUAUAAAAAAUAUAGGAAAAUUUUAAAUGGAAAAUGAUAAUUUUUCUAUUUGAAGUGACAAAAAAAGAACUUACUAAAUGAAGAGUAAAAAAAAAUCAGAUGAAUAUGAGAGAGAAAAUAUUGGAAAUAUACGAGACAUAGCGCAAAAUAAAACCAAAAUAAUUUUGUUAUACAAAUAAAGAAGAAAAAAAAUACAAAUAUUCCCA